CUCUUAUUACGACGGCGUAAGAUCUUUCAGGACGGUUCAAUGUCUGAGCUCAUUACGUUUAUCAGCUUGCGUAACUAUUUGCUAGACGGACGCUGAUCAGUUGCAAGGAGGCAGGACUCGUGUACGGAACCAAAACCCUAACUCAAAAUGGCAGAAAACAUUCUCGAACCAGGGAAGGUGAUCAAACCGAUCAUCAACCACGACGAGGUGAAGCUGUUAGUCGAGCGGCUGUACGGCAUCUCCGUGCUGGAGCUGAAGGAGCUCAACAGCUACGACGACAAGAACUACAAGAUCACCGAGGACCCCAACGUCAAGAACCCGCUGAUCACGAAACACUGCGAGUACGGAUACGUGUUGAAGAUCACCAACUCCAUGGACACGCUGGAACGCGAAACGAUUGAGGCGCAGAAUGAGAUUAUGAACUUUUUGAACACCCGGUCAGUGACGUGCCCAAAGCCAAUCCGCAAUGUCUACGGCCAUAUGUACUCCGUGGAGACCAUCGCUGGGAAGCAGCACGCCGUGAGGUUGCUCGAGUACGUGCCGGGCGCUCUGCUGAAGGACGUGCCAAGGAGCGACGCGCUCAUGUACCAGGUCGGCGAAUUCGUCGCCAACAUCGACAACAAGCUGCAGAACUUCAACCACUCCGGUCUCGCUGGGCGGGUUCACAUCUGGAUGCUCAGCAAGGUUCCUGAACUCGACAAGUUUAAGUUUGCCAUCAAAGAUCAAGAAAAACUCGAUUUGGUCGAAGAGGUGAUUGAGGAGUUCAAGUAUGCAGUGGUGCCAAGGCUAGAUGAAUUGGAACGCGGCGUCAUCCAUGGAGACGUUAACGAAAUGAACCUCAUCAUGGGACAAAAGCCCGGCGGAAGCGCUUCGGACUACCGUAUAACUGGCAUCAUCGACUUCGGAGACAUCCAGGACUCGUACUACGUGUUCGAACUGGCUAUCGCCAUGACCUACGCGAUGCUUCUCACAGGGAACCCGGCGACGGGAGGACUCGUGCUGGCUGGAUACACCGUCACCCGUCGCCUGCCUGACCAGGAAUACCGUCUGCUCAAGACUCUAGUCUCCGCGCGCCUAGUCCAGUCCCUGGUGAUGGGCGCCUACACGUCGGCCAACGACCCCGACAACAACUACGUGAGCUCAACAGAGAAGGCCGGGGGCUGGGAGCUGCUCCGCAAGAUCCGCAAGCACCGGCCCAGUGCUGACGAGACCGACCCCACUGACUGGAAGACCAUCGCUAACGAAUACCUUACCAGGAGUUAAGAUGACAGUUGGGGAUAGUGAUGUGCCUUUCCUGGGGCUUUGGGAAAGGGAAAAUCCUCUAUGAAGAGAAUAUUCCCUUCGGAGGGAAAGUUUUUAGGAAAUGCUCGUCACUCAUUGAGACUCAAAAAAUUAUAUGACGCUCAUCUAAGAUAGAUAAGUGACGUAGCAUUUGUAACUCCAAAGUUUAUUUGCUAGUUUGAGUUGCAAUUUUAAUUGUUUGCUAUUGGUAGAGGUUGUAGUUGGGCUUUUUAGUUGAAUACCUAUAAUGAAAGUGUUGAUGUUAUUAAAAUGCGAAGAUGUAUAUAUUUUCAUUUCUGAACUAAGCGCAUUUGUAAAUAUUAUUUUAUAAUUUAUUUGAACUAUUAUUUCGAGUAUUUAAAUGUUUUACCAAAAGUAAUAGAGUGCAACCAUAAUGAAGUCUAGACAAUCAUAAUUAUAAGUACCUACCUAUAAUGUGCCUAUUAUUACGUUCUUAAUAAAAAUAAAAAUCUUAAUUGUC